UGUCUCAAUGAAUGAAGAAAGGUUUCGUUUGUACAUAUCAUCCUUUAGGAAAACUAGCUCUGUGCAGAUCAAUAAUGAUGCUGGCCACUAACUUCACCUUACACGAGCUGAGAGGCAACCGUCCGACCCUUUGUAAUUGAAAUGAUUUGAAAUUUCAGGGUCCUUUUCAAUUUUUUUUGGAUCGCUCAUUCUGCAUCUGAGUAUCGAUUGAGUCGCAAUAAAAUCUCCAGUGUGGGCAAGCGGAUCACUUGGCGAAUUAUAACAGCUACUUUAUGAACCUUUGUCGCCUUUGGGGAAUAGUUUUUAUUUGAAUCUGUGAAGUCAUUGCUUCUUGCUAGCAUCUGCCGAAUAUAUCUGGAGUUAAAUGUUCUUCUUUGACAGUUGAAGCGAAAGCAGAUUAACUUCAAGAGAUCCCCCAGAAGACCGUCCAUUUGAAACAAAAUGGCAGAGAGAAAUGAUUACCAACCAGAAGACAUUGACUGCUUUUUCUACCAAUACCAGAUUCAGUGCGAAGAACGACAAUGCCGGUUUCUACAUAGAGAUAGCUGUAAGUUAUCAGCAGAUGUUUGCCUUGUGUGGCAUGAACACAAGAAGUGCACGAACAGAGACUGCCCCCAAAAACAUUUGAAUCACGAGACCCUGAGGAGGUACUUCUUAUGUGAUCAAGAGUAUCCAAAUCAUUGCUGUAAGCGUGAAAGCUGCCACAUGUACCAUGAGAAAGUCAGCUACAUCAAUGGAUGUUACCGUUCUGCAAACGAAAUUCCAGUGUUAGCUGGAGAGAGAAGAAUUGAACGUAAUACAUUUAUGGAUAAAAACUAUUCACAGACACAGAUGUCUCUGAAAAGUGCAAUGCAGUUUAUAAAGAUAUCUGUGGAAUUCAUCCAGCGUGCUGUAGGAAGCAAGAAGCUGUCAAGGGAAAGAGGAAAACGAUACGUUAAAGAGAUACUGCAUACAAUUCUGUUUCUAUGUCAUAUUAACAAUCCUUCUUUUGAACCACGAGACGUUUUGGAAGAAUCAGUGGAAUCUUGGUCGAACAAGCUUCCCGACGUGUUUGAACAGUACAAAACACAUCUUCCAACUCGACCGCCUUACACAAUUCUGCUUGAAAUAGUGGUUGACUUGGAAAAAUCAAACAUUACCGAAUUAAUUUUAGAUACUCUCUCAAGUCUAAAUACACAAAUGACUGUGGAAGAAAAUCCCCAAGAAGGCAGGGGAUGUGGUAAUGUCUUUUGUUAUGUAUCAACAGUUGUCAGCUGCUGUUUCUUCUACAACUUGGCUACAAAACAGAAAACAGACAAUUAUUUUGGUGCCUCAGUUUCAUGCUCUGGAAGGCAUCAGAGAGAACUCAUGAUCGACAUACUGUGUUACCACACAUGGAAUGAAGAUAUUAGCCUGGCAGUAUGUCUGACUGCAGAGAGAAUGAAUACAGGCCUCCAACAGGCUAUUCAAUUCCGCCCUAUUGUGUGUUCUCGUGCGUACCAAAUGAAGAAUAAUUCUAACAUGCAGACAAGAAUAUAUUCAGUCAAUGGCAAACAUCAACAACAUACCCCCAUACCACCUUGUAGAAAAUGCCUGGAUAUGUUCCCAGACAUAGGAAAUAAUCUACAACAGCAAAACAAUGACCGUGCAUUUUGGCCAUAUGGGAACUGUGCUGAGGUGGAAUCUUUAAGCAGGCUUCUGAAUGCCCAUGGGUACGUCUGCAAUAGAAUGCCUGCUCCUGUAGGGGUUAGAUUCACUUUGCAAUUUCUUAAGCGUAAAAAAAGAGGAAGAAUUAUACAUAACUUAAAACUAUUUAAUUUUCAUGUAGGUAAUAACAUUUUAUUUUACACACCUGAUGAUCUACAGAAUGCAGUUUAAUGAAGGUUGUCUUAUUAUGCAACUGUUUUUGUGUAAAGAGUGACUUACAAACUGUAAUAUUACAGUCAUUAAAAUGGUCAGAUGGCUUGAGUGCUCAAAACUAUAUUACUGAGCUGCAAAAACUAAAAUAGAAAUUUAUGUUUGAAGGUCAGAAUAGUAUUUGUAUAUACUUUGGACUUUGGAAACCUGGCUUGGAAGGUGGUGGAGGUGGGGUCUUUGAAUAUGUUUAGGGGAGAGAGAGCUAGAUUAUUGUUAGGUAAGGGAAUCAAAGAUUAUCAGGGAUGGAUGGGAAUGUGGAAUUCAAAACACAAACAGACUGCAUCAUCUUAUUGAAUGGCAGAGCAGACCAGAGUGACUGAAUGGCUGACUACACUCCUAAUUCAUAUGUUCGAAUGUAUGUUAAACCUGGAUGAAUUUCUGUGUCACAACAAUUAUCACACUACAUUUGGUAAUAUUUAUUUGAAAGUUGUGUU